AUGGAUCCACUGCAUUGCUCAUUUGCCAAUGGUGGUGGCUUUGCUGUGGACUUUAAUCCCAUAAUUUGUCUUCGUUUGUAUCGGCGCCGUGACAUUGCUGCUCUCGCAACAGAAAUCACAGAUGCAUUUGACCUCAGUGGUGUGGUUGUACCCCUUCGACCCGUGACGGACACGUACCUGGAGCAGCUCGGCACAUCACAAGAGCUUGCACGUUGUCUUUCUGAACAUGAAGAGCCUGAUUUGGUUAGAAGUUUGCAGCCGACGGAGUUUAUUUCCCCUUUACUACGCGUGGAAAACGUUGUUGUCGCCACGUCACUUGGCCUAUGGAAAACGACUCGAUACACCAAUGAAGUUAUUGAGGCUGCGCGGACCCGUUUUUUGCGUGGCGUGGAAGAAAAGCGUCGGUCGAAGAAGAGCAAACUUCCCAUCCGACUUUUUUUCAAGUUUCUCAACGAAAUGCUAAUUGACGUUUUGGUCAUGUCUACUGACAGGAAGUCGGUUUUUGUGUCGUGCGCCAGUAACACCCGUCGCUUGGCUAUGGGCGCUGUUGCCGGCGAAAAAGGUGCAUCCGUACCGAGUUUUCGUACCCUCCUUGCGCUGGAAUUCAGCCCCAGUGAAGGGUACUGGAGCCCUUUGCUGCUCCCGGUGCAGCUUAAAGCCCCAAAAUUGAAACUGGAUAUUCCGGAAAUUCGUGAUGACACAGGCUCCUGUAGCAAGUCAGAUUUUCUCAAGCCUCAAACAUUGACAGGCAUCUUUGGCGAAACGGCGCAAAGCUGCAACCUGGAGACGAUGAUGCUUGACCGAACUUUUUACAAUCCGCAACGAAUAUCGGCGAAAACGAGUCGGGAUUUGCAAACGGUUGAGGGGAAGGGGGAUGAAGAGUCGGCUUCAACACACUCACCUUUUACUGGUAUGAGGUAUCCCAACAUCAGUCAAACGGACCUUCAGCUCAUAGAGGUUUUGCGGCGCGGUCUGCACCCGGCUUUUCGUCGUAACCGUGUUCGAUUUUUUGUCACGUUUUUUGUGGCAAUAGCGGCAUUUAUUGUGGGUCUGGUGCUUAUCAUUUACGCUAGCGUUACCCUAGAGACAUGCUGUCAUCACGUUUCUUCUCGCGCCUGUUUGAACGGAGCGGAAGAUCCGCCUAGAGAUAACCUCAGUAACUUAUUUUGCAGUGCUGCCAAGAAUCCUGCACUUAAAGAAGCAAAUCAGUCAUUUUUCUUUGGUCAUCUCACAAGCCCCGGUGGGUUUCUUGUUGCAGCAAUAUCUUGUAUGUUUGUGUCGUCUCUUCUGGCAGGAGCGGUAAGUUAUUUCACGACAAGGGCGAUCGCUCAGAAAAAUUCGCGUCCUUUUUUUUACAAACUCAUGGUGGCUUUUCAUGUAAUUCUUGGUGCGUUUGCGUGUGCGUUUUCCGCAUACACGUUGUCUAUUUUUUCCCAUACAGUGCAUGAGGUACCUUGUUCGUUGUUUAGUGGAACAGUAGCGGCUUCCUGCAGCCGUUUCCAAGCACUCUAUCCGGAAUUUACGAUUGAUGUUCGGGCUCGCCAUCCGGUGCACGCAGUCUUUGCGUUAUCCCUUAUCUUUCUUUUUUUUUGCACUGUGGAAUUUUUUGCAUCCUUGAUGUCGCCUAUGGUGGAUGAUGACAUCCUGCAUGCUUUGCAAAAGGCAAAGCCUGAGACCAACGUUUUUUACCCCAGUGUAUACGCCCCUGAUGGUAUAACUGAUGUGGAGAAACGAAAGCUGCGGGGACACAUUGGUCAUCUUCUUCAUAUGCAGCUUCAAAAGCAGAUGCAGCAACAGGACACGCUUCUUACCCGGAAUCUCACAAUUGGUGAAAUGAUAUUGGCCAAACGUGAGAAAAGUCUUAUGGUUGGUCCGUCUCAGGGAAGUUUUGUCAUGAAUUCACGUCACUGGAAUGAGGAGACGCCGCAAAAUCCGCUGCACUACAUGGCAUACUCCGAUAAUACAGGCAGCGGAAGUAGCACGGACAGAGAGGAGGAAAAGAAAGAACUGGAUGAAAGGGAAGAGAAGCGUGGACUGCCGCCUCGGCUACUUGCGGAGGUGGAGAAAAUCAGUCGUCGUGUUAAAACAUCGAUGGAUGGGAGAACAGAUUUGGUUAAACCGCAGCUUCUCAGUGAAUCACCCAAAUAA